UCUUCAGAAUUUAUAUAAAAACCCCACCAGGGACACUUAGCGACCUGCACUUCAUUUCUUCUUCUUAUUAAAUCUCCUUUUGAUCAAUCAAAGAGUAUUUCAAUUAUUCGUCGCCAUGAACGCAUCAUACCCCAAUCAGAAAUUUGAUCAGUAUGCAGCGGCAACCGGAGUACCGGUACUGGUACAGGUACCUCAAGGCUCUCAACAGCAGCCCAGAGUGGGCGCUUGGUCCUCUGGACUUUGUGAAUGUUUCUCCGACUGCCCUAGUUGUUGCUUGACAUUUUGGUGUCCAUGCAUCGCGUUUGGACGAAUUGCUGAGAUUGCAGACCAAGGAUAUACCUCUUGUUGUACGGCGGGAACACUUUGUACUCUACUUGGUUGCCUCACUGGUUUGACUUUCUGCUACACUUGCUUUUAUCGCACAAAGAUCAGGCAGCAGUUUUUAUUAGAGGAGAGCCCUUGUUGCGAUUGCUUGGUUCAUUGUUGCUGCCAGUCGUGUGCCCUUUGUCAAGAAUAUCGCGAGCUCCAAAGCCGUGGAUUUGACUUGUCUAUAGGAUGGCAUGGUAAUGUGGAGAGGCGAAAUAGGGGAGUGGCCAUGGGAGCGACAGCUCCGAUGGUGGAAAAUGGCAUGAGAAGAUAGAAAUAUGAAGUUGUCGUCCGAUUAAAAAAUAAAGUUUUCGAUAAAACGAGUAUUGUAUUAUGCUAUCGAUAUAUCUGUCUGUUGAGAAAUUAUAUA